GUCAUCGGUUCGUGUAGCCACACGUGGAUCGGGCAUGGAAGCCUCUUCGGCCCCGCCGGACGGCGACUCCGGCCUCGCCGGCUCCAUAAUGGCAGAGCAGUUGCAGGCGCUGAGGGUCGCCUGCGAGGGAAGCUCCGAUGCCAGGGCGGGGAGCCCGCAGGAGGCCGGCGAGCAAGUCCCGCUUUCCCCGGAGCGCCUCUGGGAAGGAGACUCCGCAGAGCCAGAGCCUCCCUGGGUCGCCCCGAAGGGAGGCGGCGGCGUGGCGGGAGAUGCUCCUCACUCCAGUGACGCCGCUGAAGAGAAGCCGGCUGCUGUGGGAGAUAGCAACGGCCGGAUCUCUCCCGCUUGCCCGGCUGAGGAGGCACCGUCGGAUAAAGAAGAGGAGCGCCAGCCGUCCGAGGAAGCCAAGGUGGCGGACCAUCCUCAGCCGUCCUCCUCCUCCUCUGAUUUUCAGGACGGUAACAGCGAACAGAACGGGAGCCUCGACCGCCACCCGGCAACGCUCGGUCUCCUAGAGGAAGAGGCGCUGUCGAAGGAGACGCCGGUGGCACAACGGAGCGAGAAGGGGUCGUUGGGCCUUUCGGAAUCGGACAGUGAUACUGAUGCAGACAGUUCAUCUUCUCUUUCCUCUUCUUCCUCUCCUCCAUUAUUGACUGAUGAUGAUGAACAAGAUAAAAAUGAAAACAAUUCUACUGCUACUAAAAAAAAAAGUGAAUUGACUAAAAAAGAGCCACUUCUUAUUGAAGACCUAAUGAUAAUUCUUCCUGAAUCUGUUAAAUUAAUGCCUUUUGGACAAGUUUCCAGCAUCAUUGAACAUCAAGUAAUAAUUGAGUCCGAGAAGGGACUUCCUCCAGUGAAUGAAAAUACAGUACUUUUCAAGAAAAAUCGUCAUUCAUUAGGAAAAAUCUUUGAGAUAUUUGGCCCAGUGUCACAUCCCUUUUAUGUAGUACAGUUUAAUAGUGCUGAGCACAUUCAGUCUAAAGAUAUUAAAAUAAAAGAUGCAGUACAUUUUGCUCCAGCUGUGGAAAGCUUCACUCAGUACAUAUUUCCAGAAAAAUUGAAACAAGAAAAGGGAUCAGAUGCAUCUUGGAAAAAUGAUGACGAGCCACCUCCUGAGGUUUUAGAUUUUAGUGAUGAUGAAAAAGAAAAAGCAGCAAAAUCACACAGGAAAUCUCAGAAUAUAAAAAGAAAGAAGCUCAGAUCACAGCAAAAUGAUAGCAAUGAUAAUGGACCAAAUUAUCAGUCCAGGCGACAACCUCCUUCAGAAUAUUCAGGUGGAUAUUGUAGAGGACAGCCUAACACCAGAUUUUCAUGGGGCAGACCUCCUCAUGUAGCUCCUUUUCCACGUUUCUAUAGGCAGCAGAAUAUAACUCCACAAUAUUAUUCCUCUGACUAUGGACACUUGCCGAAACCACCUACUUUUUGUCAGCAGCAGAGACUGGAAAGUAUGAGAACACAUCAGUAUUCUUUCCCACCCCCAUCUUUUGAAACUGUUAAUCAUAAUACAAAUUUUCCACCCCCUCCCCCACCCCCACCAGUAGAUUGGGGGUGGCCUCCUACGUGCCCUCAGAACGCCUAUGAUCCUUUGUUGUCUAUGUUAUCUUUACCUCCUCCACCCCCACCUCCACUGCCCCCACCAUCUAUAGUGCCUAACACGGGCAGUUCUCCUUAGGACAGAAUAUAUUUUCAGACAACCUAUAAAAAUUAAACCUCGUACCUCGAUGGUAGAUGGGUUAAUAUUUUCAUAUUUGCUUUGACGGAGGUACACUAUUUUUAGUUAUGUACAGAAAUUGAUGAGCAUUUUGUAUGAAAUAAAAAUAUAGAAAGA